GUAACCUAACGCUUCUCUGAAUGUGUUUCAGUAACUGUUCCACUCCAGGGACACACGCCGCUCACUGGCUGCCCUGUCCUGCCCUGCCCUGCCCUUCAGGUUCAAACAGGAGUUCAGAAAGCGGCACAGAGGUGAAGGCGUUCAGUCCCCCCUGUACGUCAGAGUAAAUAAUGCCGUGAGAUUAACCACACCGUCCGGUUUGUCUCCUCAGCUCGUCGCUGAACCGCUCGGAAGCUGAACAACAUGGCAGUGAGAGAAGCGCCCUGACAGAGAUGCUCCGCUCCGGAGCCGCCUGGCAUCCGUUCAUCAGCUCAGCCGGACAACCCUCUGCCCCUUCAUCUAGGGCGACUGUGGGGUUUCCAUGGAUACCAGCACCCUAGCCCAACAGGUGGAGAAUGUGGAGCGUAACAUUGCGUUCCUACAAAAGGAGCAUCAGGUCCUCCUGACCGGGCUCUGCCUGGAAAUCCGUCAGCUGAAGAAACGAUGUAACGAUUUGAGUUGUGAACUGAGCAAAAGGCCUCCUGGAAGAAGCAGUGAAGAAAUAGCAGCCGAAGAGGAGUUGCUGCAGGCUCAGUUGUCUGAGAUGGAGCAGCAUUUGGCUGAGCAGGAGUGUUCCCAGAGGGAGCUCAGGGCCAAUCUGCAGCACAAGGGGGCGCAGGCGGUGGCGCUGCAGGUGCGGCUGCGGGAUGAGGAACGCCGCUUUUUGGAAGAACUGAAAAGACGCAGUCACAAAAUCACUGCCCUGAGCCGCGACCUCCGCAAGCAAACAGACAUUGCUGCCCAACUCGCUUUCCAACUGCACUCAGCACGCUUCCGCCUCUACCACCAGACUGAUGAGGAGGAGGAGGAUGAAGGGGACACACAGGAACCGGGCUGUUCUGGUAGUUCUCCCCAGGCUUCACCUAUCAGAGCAGAAGUGAGACACCGCAGUCAUUCCUCAGUGCGGAUAAGGAGGUCGGAGCGAGCAAGGGAGUGUGUGCCACGUGAAAGAGUGCUGGGGCCGGAAGAGCCCCGGUCUAUGCCCGACCCUGCUCUAUUCCUGUACCCCUUCAGACACAGGCUCCUGCCUCUGCACACGUCACUGGGUGGACGCUGGAGGGAAGGGGGGCUAACAGAGAGGUCAGAUGGUCGAAGGGGUAGACUAAGGACACGAUCAAUGAGAGAUAAUACUGGACCAGAGACUACAGAAUUAUAGGGCCACAUUAAGAUAAAUGAUCCUGCUAUUAAAAGACGUGUGAGUUACACUAUAUUUCAGUUGUACAUUAUCAGUACCAGUCUGUUCUAAAAUGUCGGUCUACAACGACCAUAUCUAUGGCAACCUGAUUAACCCAGAAAACAAAUCAAAUUUAUGUGUAAUCAUACACUACUUACUGCACCUUGUAUUACCCACUCGUAUAUAUCAACUUUAUUUAUGAUAUGGAAAAAUGCUGCAAAACAAAGGGAUAACAUUUUGUGUAGUUAUACCUUGGAUAAACAGUACCCUCUUGAGUGUUAGAUUACCUGUUAUUUUCAUACUUUUACUCACAAUCAGAGUUGGAUUUGGUAUCAUGUGACCAAAAGACUGAAUUUAAUAUGAUGAAUUAAGUGAUGAUUUAAAUAAAGAUUUUUGCUUAUGCAAGCUUAGAGAAUAUAUGGACCAGAUGAAAUUUUAAUUUGAUAUUUGGACAUUAAAGGGGGGGAGGUUGUCCACUAGUGUUCUAAUUUGGUGCCAGAAGUAGGUUAGUCCAAUAAUACUGGCCAAUUAAAUAAAUAAGCAUAGGCCCAAACGAACUAAGUAGUCAGUGCUUCCCUCCAAGCAUACCAACCUGUUCAGUUGUACUGAGUUGCAUAAGCAUUAAAAUCUAAUAUAAAGGAAAUAGUUUUAAAUAUCACACUCAUUCACAUGAAGACAAACAGCAGCUGAUCUUUUGAUUGUCUAGUUAACAGUAGACAUAAUAUGGUGUAUAUAGUUUUAAGACCACAGACUAAAAGAGGACCUAAGAUGACUGACAUAUUUAUGGGUCUUGUAAACUUGUCACAGAAACACAUAGAUGCUGUAAACUGGAACCACACUGUCGAAGUUUACUGUCAGUUUUUUUCCAGCUUAAUAAGCUGAACAAGUAAUGUGGUGUGUUAUCUAAGACACGUUAAUAAAAUUACUCUUAUUUGUUAUUUCUUUGUCA